AACCAGGCCCAGCCUCAACCAAACCAGGUCCAGCCUCUACAAAACCAGGCCCAGUCUCCACUAAACCAGGCCCAGCCUCCACCAAACCAGGGCCAGCCUCCACCAAACCAGGGCCAGCCUCCACCAAACCAGGGCCAGCCUCCACCAAACCAGGGCCAGCCUAAACCUGGUCCUGCUUCUAUGAAGUCCAGGUCAUCAACUACUCUGCCUGGUCCAGCAUCUACCAAGCCUAGUCCUGUUGCUAGCAAACCUGGUCCUGCCUCUAGGAAGCCUAGGGCUUCCUUGCCUGGUCCAGCAUUUACCAAACCCGGGACCGCCUCUUCACCCUCAUCCUACGACUCUCCUCUUGCACCUCUCAGAAGUCCUUCCUUUGAACAGGAAUCCAAGAGGAAGAAAUCUGGUUCUUCCAGCUGCUCAACCAGUUCUUCAUUACAAGAUCUUUCUAUAGUAUCACCUAGUGUGCCACCAAAGAUGGGAAAGAGUCCCGUCUCUAUUCACAAGAUAGAACCUGAUCUUUUAGAUCCAUCCUCCCCACUCAAAUCUACAACAAAACGAUUUCGUUGCCAGCUCUGCACAAAAGGAUUUGAGAAGUUCUGCUCUCUGAAGACACACUACACUCUAAACCACUUCUGGGAGAAGUUAAAGAGUGAUUUGGCAUACCUUGGGAAAAGAUGCAAAAUUUGCACUUUGGAGUAUCCAACUGAUGAUCAUCUGGUCCAGCAUAUGGGAAACUUUCACAACUAUGUAGACAAAUAUAUUGAUGUGGAGAAGGGACAGUUUGUGUUGAACGAGGAGAGAACUGUCAAGGUGUUCAGUAAAUCCUGCGGAAUCUGCAAACGAUCAAUCAGCUCAGGGGCAGAAGUAAAAGCUCAUUUUUCUCGGGUACACUUUGGAGAUCAGCUGAGACAUGAGUUUUCCAUAGAAAAGAAGUGUCCCAAGUGCUCAAAAGGAUUUGAAAACUCAGCAUCAGUACUCUCUCAUGUUGGAUCCUUUCAUGAUGAGGUUCUGAAAUAUGCGGGAAGAUAUCUGAUAAUGUCUGAAGAAGACCGAGAAUAUAUUCCUGUUGACGACUUUGAUGAUGGAACUGAAGGUGUACCCUACCAGGAGGAGGAGGAACUAGUUGGCCGUCUUGUCCAUCCUUGUGGUCUCUGUCCCCUCAAGUAUGAAAGACCAAUGCUUAAACUUCAUUACAUGAAGUCUCAUUAUCAGGAUCAUUUCCACGAAUUCUACUCUGCUCUUACAUGUGUCGUGUGUGGCUUAACAUUUAAGGAAAUCCGAUUAACCCACCAGCAUCUGGUUGGUGAACAUGAAUUUCUUCUGGAAACUGUUCUUGAGAAGGAUAACCUGAAGCUGCCAAGUCGCUGUAAGAUGAAACUAAAAAAUGAAGAACAAAAAAAGGAUGCACCCUUCGAGAUUCUUACCUGUCAGAUCUGUUAUGACUUCAAGAGGUUUGAGAGUGUGGUAUCCCUCAAGAAGCAUUACAUGAAACAUCUAAAACCCGACUUUCCGACAAAGUUUAAAAGUCUAGACUGUAAUUUCUGCAAAAUGAAAUUCCCUGAAAUUGGUGCUAAUCUUGCGCACAUGGCUUUGAAUCAUUCUUCAGUUUUCCUGCUACCGUAUAUGGAGAAACGAGGAUUGUGGGUCAAUGCACCGAUAAAAUAUGUUCAGAACUGUAAAAUUAAGAAAGUUGAAGUUAAGCUUACUAAGGCAAAUAAGCUGGUUAAGCCGGAUAAGGUCUACCCUAAACUCUGUCCUAUCCCCAAGUGUCUGCAAAGCUGUGAAACCCGAGAAAUCCUCGAAACCCAUGUUCUCAAAAACCAUUGCUGGAAUAGUAUAGAAAAAGAUUAUAGACAAGAGUAUAAACAAGACCGGAACAAAUGUCCUAUCUGCUCAAAGGUACUGGGAGACCUAGGCAUGCUUUCUGUGUUCAUCAACCAUCUAGCUUUCGACCAUGAUUUGAUUUCCAUGUACAUCAAGAUGGAUGAACCCGGUCAACGUGAUGGAAGCUCCAAUGCCGCGAACGGUAUUCAGGUGCAAGUGUCGAACAAGUCGAUUUCACUUCCUCUGAGCGAAGAGUUGCCGGAGAGCCAAUCAUCCUUCCCGUCUCUAACUCCCUCUAGAUUUGAUCCGGCCAAGGAAGAUUUCAUCAGCAAAAUUCAAAAUGCUUUGAACUCUGAUGAUGACGAUGACAAUGAUGAUUGCUGAGACGAUGAAGAUUACGAUGAUGACGAAGAAAGAUGACAGAGAUGACAAUGAUGAGAAGAAAGAUGACGGAGAUGACGAAGAUGGGAAGAAAGAUGGCGGGGACAAGUAAAAACGUAAUAAAAGAAGAAGAUGGAACAAGGGAAGAUAAUAUCAUGUUCGCGUACAUUGUUAAAAUGUCCUGGAGAAUUAUCAGUAUUAUGAAACCUGGCAUUUAACUCAUUGACCGUUUAUUUUAUGUAGAUUUUUGUUAUUCCUUUCUCUAGUUGCAAAUGAUAAUUGUUGUGUAAAAGUUCUGAUUCAGGUUAAAAUAUCAUAACAAUGUCAUUGAAAGUAAACAGUAAUCUUUCUCUGUUCACAGUACAGAACUCGAUUAUUUAAAAAACUCACCUUUUGAUUAUUAUUCAGACUUUCGAUGUAACUCGUAUAUUUGGUUUCUUGUUUCUGUAGCAGGGGAUCUGAAAAUGAUUGAAUGCAAGUUUCAGAA